CGCUCAACUUCCCAUCACCCUCCAACAUACCACUCUCUAGGCCAUUUCCUGACCGCCGUCAUGUCUCAGAACAGCCCAGUUGACACGAACACCAACGCCGAGAACGGUGCCGGAAUCCAGCCUUUCACGGCCCGUGAGAUGCAGAUGCUCGGCUGGGCUAUGCAGUCGAUGAAGACCCCACCUGAUAUCGACUACGAGAAGCUUGCGGGCUUCGCGGGCAUGUCCAACCACCGUUCGGCCUACAAUGCCUGGACCAAGAUCAAGGGCAAGCUCUUCGCCAAUAUGGAUGAAGCCCAGUCAACCCCCAAGCGUGGACGCAAGAAGCCCGUCGAUGGCGAGGGCGGCGAGACCCCCAAGAAGGCCACUCCCCGCAAGCGUGCUGCGAAGAAGAACGUCGAUGCCGAUGCCGACGCUGACGCUGACGGCAGCCCCGUCAAGAAGCCGCGUGCUACCAAGGUCAAGACCGAAGUCAAGGACGACAACGCCGACAAUGGUGACGUCGCCGCCGAGGUCAACGACGAGGAGAAGCCGGAGGUCUAA